AUCAAUCAACUCAAUAUAUUAGUGAGUAGCGAAAUCUUUUGUGUUUAUAAAUAUUCAUAUUUAAUUAGCAGAUUAAUUAUUCCAAUGAGGGUUCAUUCCCUUAUUUUAGGUUUUGUGUUGCUGUGUUUGCUCAGCUUCUGCAAUGCAGACCUCAAAACAUUUGAUAUUGUGGGAGUUGCACAUUGCGCUGAUUGCCAACUAAACAACUUCAACCCUACCCACGCAUUUUCAGGUCUUCAUGUAACAAUCGACUGUAAGCUGGAGAAAGAGAUGAAAAGAGUCGGCGAGGGCGAGCUAGACGGUGACGGCAAAUUCAAAAUCUCACUUCCCAAAGCAAUGAUCGGAGAUGUGAAGAAAAACUGCUACGCCCAACUCCACAGCGCCGCCGCCGCCCCGUGCCCCGCCCACGGCGGCUUAGAGGCCACCGAAAUCGUAUUAAAAUCUGAAAUGGAGGAGAAAAUCACAUUUAGCCCCGCUAAAACCCUUCGAUUCUCCACCGCACUAUGCACCUCCAAAUUUUUGUGGCCCCUUUUCCAAUACCCACCUCUUCCUAAGGCCGAUCCUUGGAAAAAAGUUUGGCCAAAAAUUACCAUUCCACCCCUCAAGAAACACCAUUGGUCUCUCUCACCAAUCUAUAAGCCCAAGCCCAAGCCCAAACCCAAGGUUGUUAAGACGCUUCCGCCUGUCCCCACUUACAAGCCCAAGCCCAAGCCGUUUCCUCCACCAGUCCCCAUUUACAAGCCCAAGCCCAAGUCCAAGCCGUUUCUGCCACCUGUCCCCAUUUACAAGCCCAAGCCCAAGCCAAAGCCGCUUCCGCCACCUGUCCCCGUUUACAAGCCCAAGCCCAAGCUCAAGCCGUUUCUGCCACCUGUCCCCGUUUACAAGUCCAAGCCCAAGCCCAAGCCGUUUCUGCCACCUGUUCCCAUUUACAAGCCCAAGCCGAAGCCGCUUCCGCCACCUGUUCCCAUUUACAAGCCCAAGCCGAAGCCGCUUUCGCCAUCUGUCCCUAUCUACAAGCCGCCUACAAAGCCAAUUCCACCUAUAUUCCACAAGCCGCAUCCUCCGUCGGUGCCUAUCUACAAGCCGCCUGUGGUGAAGCCUAUCUACAAGCCGCUUCCUCCAUCGGUUCCGAUCUAUAAGCCGUUGCCACCCUUGUUUCCAUUCCCACCACUCUACAAAAAACCUUGCCCUCCAUUCUCCAAGAUUCCUCCAAAGAGCUUCUUCUACCACCACAAAUUUAGAUAUUUCCCCAAAUUCCCACCUUUCAAUCCUAAUCCAUGAGAUUUCUUCAAUCCACCCGCCUUUUAUUUCUUAUUCUCGAUUCAUCUACUACGUCUAUAUUUACCUAAAAUUUAUUUUUAAUUAUACAUGCAGUAUGAUACGAGAAUAGGAAAUUCAACACAUUUGAAAUAGUAAAUUUAUCAUCUGCUUGGUGUUGUCAAAUCAUAUAGUCUUCUUUGUUCACUUAUUAUUUAUCAGUUUGAGAGAGUGAGUGAAAAAUAGUGAAAAUGUGUAUUCGUAUUUGCUAAUUAGCGAGUUAAAGUUCGAAUUUAUGGUUGUUCGUUUCAA